AUGUCAGAAAUUUAAUAAUAAUAAGUCCAUAGCUCCAAAUUAGAUCAGGAAUCAGCUACUAAUGCUAAAAAUCAUAUGCUUUUAGUUAAUAAUAUUACUGAACUGUCUAAUGAAUUGUUAUAAAGCUAUAAACAUGAGAUUGAUCAACUAAAAUAGGAGUUACAUUUGAUGAAAUAGAGAAUAACAAAUAAUAAUGAAGAAAUAAAGAAUACAACAUAGCCUACUCUUGAUGCAAUGCUAAGAGAUUUAAGACAAGCAAUAAAUACCUAAAAAGAUGAGAAUUCUAAAUUGUAAAGUUAAAUAACUGAAUUAAAAAAAGAAAAAAGCUAAAUUUAGCAGUUAAUUCUAGCAGCAACCUAAAAAGUAGCAGAACUCGAACAUUAAGUAGGAAACUAUACGUCAUCAUGAUUUUAUUAUUAUGCACAUUCACAAUCAUUCAAUUUGUCGUUUAA